AUGGACGAGACGCGUAGACUGGAAUGGAUUAUCUGUCAUUUUCAGGCGCGUGCACGAGGGUACCUGUUUCGAAAGGAGCUCCGCCGUGCACGAGAAGACUAUGAAGACAUUGUAAAAGAAAUUGAUGGCGAUCUGCGCUGUUUGAAAUGGAUCAAAAGAGUUGUGCAUUUCCCUUACUUCGUAGACAUUGACCUUUCCCAAAACAAUAAAAUCCACGACAACUUUGAAAAUGCCAAAUCAGAGGGGACUGAAUGCCCAGGUUCUGCUGAGUUUGGUUCCAGUAGAGAGGAAGAUGGCUGUGGUUUUUCAGAGAAGCUGGAAGCAGAAAGGGACAUUUCACAAACUCUUCCCCCUAGAGAGCUCCUCUCCAGCAGCAGUGGUGACGCUGGUGACAUGCUGACUGGAGGAGGUGAUGUGAGAGAGAAGGAGGAAGGAGUGACGGAGACUCCCUGUGACACCACCGUCUGGAGCAGUGUGGAUACUGACUUGGGCUCCUCUCAUUCUACCAAAGCAGCUCUGCGGCAGUAUUGUCUGGCCCGGGAUGUGCCGCGGACCCCUCAAGCCCUCUGUGUCCAUAGAAACACAUUGUCCAUGGAGCUGCUGUGGCUGCAGCAGGCCAUCCACAGCAGGAAGAAGUACCUGUCCUUGAAGAAGCAGCUGAGUGUCUCCUGA